AUGCAGGUGCCACAGGAUGGAGAGGACCUUGCUGGCCAACCCUGGUACCACGGCCCCUUGUCCCGCCAGAAGGCUGAAACUCUUCUUCAGCAAGAUGGUGACUUCUUGGUUCGUGCCUCUGGGUCCCGUGGGGGCCACCCUGUGAUCUCCUGUCGCUGGCAGGGCUCAGUCCUCCACUUUGAGGUGUUCCGUGUGGCCCUGCGUCCCCGGCCAGGCCGGCCUGCAGCCCUCUUUCAGCUGGAGGAUGAACAAUUCCCCAGCAUGCCUGCCCUGGUUCGCAGCUAUGUGAUCAGCCAGCGCCCACUGUCCCAGGCCACAGGGGCUGUGGCCUGCAGGCCUGUGACUCGGCAGGGGCUUCUGCAGCGCAGCUUUAGUGAGGACGCCCUUAUGGACAGCCCGGCUCGGGUAGAGCCUCUCAGGGAAAGGAAGUGGAGCAACAGUCAGCCUGCAGACUUGUCGCAUAUGGGGCGGUCAAGAGAAGACCACCUUGAACCAGGAGCCUCCACUAUGCCCGUAGCUGCCCUGCCCAGGACAGGGAGCGACCCGGUGUUGCUGAAGACUCCAGCUCUUCUUGGGACUGUCGCUGACACUCUCAGGGCUUCCGAUGGGCAGCUUCAUGCCAAGGCACCAACCAAACCCCCCCGGACACCCUCACUGGUGCUGCCUGAUGCCUCUGGACGCCCCCCAACGUACUGUGAGCUUGUGCCUAGAGUGGCCAGUGCCCAGGAGACACCCCCUGGUCAGAGAUGGCCAGAGCCAGAGGCCUUGUGGUGGGAGACCGAGGAGGAGGAGGAGGAAGAAGAGAACAGAGACUUUAGGAGACCACAGGCUGAGGUCUCUUUCUGUCCCCCUGACACUCUGUCCUGCCUGCUGAGCCCCCAGAAUCGGCCCCUGGAACCCGAAGUCCUGCGUAAGCUCCGUGGCCUGUUCCUGGAGCACCAUUCGGACAGCACCGCCCUCCACCUGCUGUUGAUGGACUGCCAGGCCACAGGCCUCCUGGGCGUGACCAGGUUUCAGCGAGCCAACAUGGGGGUGGCCUCUGGCCUGGAGCUGCUCACGCUUCCCCAUGGGCAUCGCUUGAGGUUGGAACUGCUGGAGAGGCACGAGACGCUGGCGCUGGCCGGGGCGCUGGCCGUGCUGGGCUGCUCUGGGCCGCUGGAGGAACGCGCGGCCGCACUCAGGGGCCUGGUAGAGCUGGCACUGGCACUGCGGCCAGGGGCGGCGGGGGACCUGCCUGGGAUGGCAGCGGUCAUGGGCGCCCUGCUCAUGCCCCAGGUGUCCCGGUUGGAGCACACGUGGCGCCAGCUCCGACGGAGCCACACAGAGGCUGCGCUGGCCUUUGAGCAGGAGCUGAAGCCGCUGAUGCGGGCUCUGGAUGAGGGCGCUGGACCCUGUGACCCCGGCGAGGUGGCGCUACCGCACGUGGCACCCGCGGCGCGCCUGCUGGAGGGCGAGGAACUCGGGGGCCCGCUGGACGAGAGCUGCGAACGGCUGCUGCGCACCCUGCACCGGGCGCGCCGGGUGGCCCGAGACGCGCCCAGAUUCCGCCAGGUGGCGGCCCAGCGCCUGCGGGGAUUCCGGCCUAACUCGGAGCUGAGGGAGGCCCUGACCACCGGCUUCCUGCGGAGGCUGCUCUGGGGUAGCCGGGGCCUGGGAGCGCCACUACCCCAACGCCUUGAGAAGUUCCAGCGCGUCCUCAGCGUCCUGUCGCAGCGCCUGGAACCUGACCACUGAGCGCAGCAGGCUGGGACCCCAA